AGUCAUAAGGUCGUGAAAAUACUAGCUGGUCUCGGAAAUAUGAGCCCCAUUUCAUAGUUUUCGCUUCCUAGUCCGAAAUUACUCAGCGCCAGAGACGCAGCACAUGUGUUCGGCGACCUUGGCGAAUUGAUUAGGCCUGAACAGAAUUAAAAAACUGAUAACUCAUCUGUGCGAGCGAAAUCGAGUCGUGGAACACUGACGUCAACCUGUCAUUUUUUUCAGUCAGAAAGAGGCAGCUGAUUGGUUGCCUACGUCCCGUGCGCCGGGCUGACGACCGUCGGUGUUAGUUGGGCCUGGUUCCCCGUCUCCGCUUCUGUCUUCGCCUUUUUUAUGCUUAUUUUUCAGUAGUCGACAGCCUUAAGCAACGGCUAGAAUAAAUACUUCAUCAUUUGGCCGGUGUCAGGCCUCCACCACUCUUUUGUCUUGCGCGUCCGAAGCACCGUAGGGGGACCAUGUCCCAUCCCGGCUGCUUCUGUACGGCCAGAACUAUCGCCAGUUCCUUACAUAGAGGUUUUGUGUGCAGCCGGGGGCGUCUCUCUCUCUUAAAAAGGCAAAGAAGUUCAGAAUUUUAUUUAACAUGGAAGGUCCCAUUCAGACGUUUUACAGUGACAACUGUGUAUUAUGCCUCUAAAGAUGCUGGUAAAGAUGGAUCUGGAGAUGGAAAUAAGAAAUCGGUAGGAGAUGGUGGAAGUAAGAAAUCCUCUGGUGGUUCUGGAAAAGGAGGGAAUCAGCUGCGCUGCCCAAAGUGUGGAGAUCUCUGCACCCAUGUGGAAACAUUUGUCUCCUCUACUCGUUUUGUGAAGUGUGAAAAAUGCCAUCACUUCUUUGUUGUGUUAUCUGAAGCAGAUUCAAAGAAAACCAUGAGCAAGGAACCAGAGACUGCUGCAGAAGCAGUGAAACUGGCAUUUCAGCAAAAACCUCCUCCACCCCCAAAGAAGAUCUAUAACUACCUCGACAAGUAUGUAGUGGGUCAGUCAUUUGCAAAGAAGGUGCUGUCUGUUGCUGUAUACAAUCAUUACAAACGGAUAUAUAAUAAUAUCCCAACCAAUCUCCGGCAGCAAGCAGAGGUGGAGAAACAGGCAUCCUUAACACCAAGAGAGUUAGAGAUAAGAAGACGGGAGGAUGAGUACAGAUUUACAAAGCUGCUGCAGAUUGCUGGAAUCAGCCCUCAUGGAAAUGCCUUAGGAGCGUCUAUGCAGCAGCAGGUAAACCAGCAGAUGCCACAGGAAAGGAGAGGAGGGGAAGUACUGGACUCUAAUAAUGAUGAAAUCAAACUGGAGAAAAGCAACAUACUACUUCUGGGCCCAACAGGCUCUGGUAAAACUCUGUUGGCACAGACACUGGCAAAAUGUUUGGAUGUACCUUUUGCGAUCUGUGACUGUACAACAUUAACCCAAGCUGGCUAUGUGGGAGAGGACAUUGAAUCUGUGAUUGCUAAAUUGCUGCAGGAUGCCAAUUACAACGUGGAAAAGGCACAGCAAGGGAUUGUGUUCUUGGAUGAGGUUGACAAAAUUGGCAGUGUACCAGGUAUCCAUCAGUUACGUGAUGUAGGUGGAGAAGGUGUUCAGCAGGGCCUGCUAAAACUUCUGGAAGGCACCAUUGUAAAUGUCCCUGAAAAGAAUUCGCGGAAACUGAGAGGAGAAACUGUUCAGGUUGACACAACCAAUAUUCUCUUUGUGGCAUCUGGUGCUUUUAAUGGUCUGGAUAGGAUCAUCAGCAGAAGGAAGAAUGAGAAGUAUUUAGGUUUUGGAAUAGCCUCAAACUUGGGCAAAGGAAGACGAGCAGCAGCUGCAGCUGACUUAGCCAAUGCCAGUUCUGAAUCCAAUGUUGUGCAGGACAUUGAGGAGAAAGACAGACUUUUGCGACUUGUGGAGGCCAGGGACCUUAUUGAGUUUGGCAUGAUCCCUGAGUUUGUGGGCCGCUUACCAGUGGUGGUUCCUCUGCAUAGCCUGGAUGAACAAACCCUUGUGCGGAUCCUUACAGAGCCACGCAAUGCAGUAGUGCCACAAUAUCAAGCCCUCUUCAGUAUGGAUAAGUGUGAAUUAAGCAUUAAUGAAGAUGCUUUGAGGGCCAUUGCCAGACUGGCUCUUGAAAGAAAAACUGGUGCUAGAGGCCUCCGGUCUAUAAUGGAAAAACUACUACUGGAACCUAUGUUUGAAGUUCCCAACUCUGACAUUGUAUGUGUGGAGGUGGACCAGGAAGUUGUGGAAGGAAAGAAGGACCCUAGAUACGUCAAGACCCAAAGAAAAGAAGUGACAGAGGAAGAGUAUGAUUCUGGAGUUGAGGAGGAAGGCUGGUCCCGUCAAGCUGAUGCUGCAAACAAUUAGUUCAAUUGGUUUUCCUGUCUAUUGCUUCCCACAAUGCCUAGUUCACAGUAUUUUACUAUCCAGAAAGAUGAGAAAUAAUUAAAACAAUUGAAGCAGUUAAUUUUAAAAAUGCUUCAUAUUUCUACUGUUAGCAGUCAAAUUUAUACAAUAUCCUGAUGUUAUGGGGAAAAAAAAUCACUUUUUGGGCUAUUUUUUAAGGUGAGAUCUUUGUUAACUGAUCUAAGCCCCUAAUACUAGGGAAUAACAGCAGUUCAUUUUCCAAUUAUGUAUCAUAACGGAAGUGUGGUGUUUGAGAAAUGCAGAAAAGCUUUUAUUUGGAGGUUGCUUAUUGGGCUUGGGGGGUUCUCCCCAUGAAUUUUACACAUUCUCUAUUUGAUUAUUACCAGUAACAGUUAAUUGUCUUUUUGAUCUUAUUUUUUUUUAUCCUGUGGCUGGUUACUCAAUUUUUUGAGCAUCUUAAUGGUUGUUCUUGUCAGCAUUUACCAGCACAUUUAUAAUACACACAAGCGACUCCUCGCUACUUAUACACAACGCAUUUGUGCUCUGGUCCGUAGAGUGCAGGUGGGUUAAUACACAGACCUACAAAAAACUCCUUAUUAACAGGUUGAGCUGUGCGUGUAGGCUUGUCCUUAGACUUGGGAAAUGGAGAUAUAUAUGUCUCUUCCCUUCAGCACCAAACUUGAAGAUGUAAAAAGAGCCAUUCAGUGUGCCUUCCAGGCAGCAGCUGCCAGGGAUACACUUUGUGUAGGUUUUUUGUUGCAUAAUAAAAGAAAUUACCUCUAGAGUAAUGACACUUACAUAAAAGGCCAAUAGUAAUGGUACUGCGGAAUUUUAUCCAUGUAGUCAGACAAUUCAUUUUCUGUUUAUUCGAAGUAAGAAUUGUAAUAUACUACACUUCAGGACCCAUGUGAGAGAAGGGUUAGAAUUGGACUGCUUUUAAGUUACAGAUCCAUUUGUGUACAAUUUUUAUUUUUUUUUGGUUUUAGAAUUUCACUAAGAUAGGCUAAGAAAUGAAUGUUAGUCCCCUAUGGCAUAUAUUUAAAUAAACAUGAUCUUUUAGCCAAAUCUUUGGCUAACACUAACAGAUUUGUAUGUUUUCGCUGUUUUUUUGUUUUAUUUUGUAACAAAUUAAAUGGUGAAAGUCGUCUACUUGAA